AAGUCCCCAUUAAUUCUAUUGCGAUUGCACCAUCACUGCCUUGAAUCACCCACAUGAAUCCACAGCUGAGUUCCUCCUCCUUCCUCGUCUUCGUCUUCGUCUUCGUCUUCCUCCACUCUCUUAAGCCGGCUUCCAUUUACUGCCAUCCCCUCGAUCCUCUCACCCCUUCCGAGAUCUCGGCCGUCAGCAACAUAAUCAAGUCCUCCCACCUUGGCUCAUCCAAAUCUCUCUCCUUCCACUAUGUCGGCUUGGACGAGCUCGACAAGCCGGACGUGCUCGCAUGGGCGUCGACCCACCGCUGGAACAAGGCAGCGCCGCCACGGCGAGCGUUCGUGAUAGUCCGGUCCGAGAAGAAGACCCACGAGAUAUACGUGGACAUCACCAACCACUCCAUCGUCUCCGACAAGGUGUACGAGGGAUUCGGCUACCCCAUGCUGAACUUCGAGGAGCAAGAGGCGGCUUCCGCCCUGCCCUUCGACUACGCGCCGUUCGUGGAGUCGGUGAAGAAGCGGGGACUGGAGCCGGAGGACGUGCUGUGCACGACCUUCUCGGUGGGGUGGUUCGGGGAGAGGAAGCAAGGGAGGCGGCUGCUGAAGAUCCAGUGCUUCCUCACGGGAGACACGGUGAACUUCUACGCGAGGCCAUUGGAGGGGGUGACGGUGGUGGUGGACUUGGACGCCAUGGAGAUCGUGGAGUACGAGGACCGGAUGGUUGUGCCGGUGCCGGGGUCAACGGGGACGGACUACCGAGCCGCGAAGCAGAAGCCGCCGCUAGGGCCGCGGACGAAGCCCGGCAUCAUCGUGCAGCCCGAAGGGAAGGGUUUCGAAGUUGAUGGCCACAUGAUCAGGUGGGCCAACUGGGAAUUCCACUUGGGCUACGACGUCCGAGCCGGCACAGUCAUCUCCUUAGCAUCAGUGAAGGACUCCGAGAAGGGAAUCUUCCGGCGAGUCCUGCACAGGGGCUACGUAUCGGAGAUAUUCGUACCGUACAUGGACCCAUCGGAGGAAUGGUACUACAAAACCUUCUUCGACGUCGGCGAGUUCGGCUUCGGGCUCUUGGCGGCACCGCUGGAGCCCAUGACCGACUGCCCGGCCAAUGCCGCAUUCAUGGACGCGUACAUCACCGACCGAGACGGGUUGCCGAUCAAGCAAUCGAAUGCUUUCUGUGUGUUCGAGCGUUACUCCGGCGACGCCUCGUGGCGGCACACCGAGUUCGGGAUUCCUGGGCAAGUGAUCACGGAGGUGAGGCCGGAGGUGAGCCUGGUCGUACGAAUGGUGUCAGCAAUUGGCAACUACGACUACGUGAUAGAUUGGGAAUUCAAAACCAGCGGCUCCAUUAAGUUAGGGGUGUCACUGACGGGCAUCCUGGAAAUGAAGGGCACGCAGUACACUCACGCAGACCAAAUAAGUGGCGACCAGCACGGUACACUGCUGGCGGCAAACACCAUGGGCGUCUACCACGACCAUUUCGUCACCUUCCACCUCGACCUCGACGUCGACGGUCCGGACAACUCCUUCGUCAAAUCGAAGCUCAAGACCGUGAGGGUGACCGACGACAGCUCGCCGAGGAGGAGUUACUGGACGGUGGCGAAGGAGACGGCGAGGACCGAGGCCGACGCCCUGGUGGAGCUCGGCGCCGAGCCGGCGGAACUGCUGGUGGUGAACCCGAGCAAGAAGACGAAGAUGGGGAACGACGUGGGUUAUCGUCUGAUCAGCCACGGUGCGACGGCGGCCUCUCUGCUCUCCGACGACGAUUACCCUCAGAUCAGGGCGAGCUACAGCAAGAAGCAGGUGCGGGUGACGGCCUACAACAAGUCCGAGAAGUGGGCGGCCGGGCUUUACGCCGACGAGAGCAGGGGAGACGACAACUUGGCUGCAUGGACCGCGAGGAAUCGAGUGAUAGAGAACACAGACAUCGUGCUGUGGUACACAGUAGGCGUUCAUCACGUACCAUAUCAAGAAGACUUUCCGGUGAUGCCGCUAUUGAGCGGCGGCUUCGAGCUACGACCUGCCAACUUCUUUGAGAGCAAUCCAUUGAUCAAGACUCCAGCUAACAAGCUAGUGCAUCUGCCCAACUGUCCCAGGAAUCCGUAGAAGCGGGCAGAGCGACCAUGAACACCUUGGAACUUGGCAUCAACGUUGUACGAAUGAUUAAGUUAUCUUCACCUAAUGACUAUAAUACCCUCACCCACGAAUACGGACUCAAUUAUCAUAUUUUAUAUGAAUAAUUUUUAGAAAUGCAAUUAC